UGCGUGAAAACAUAGAAUUAUGGCUCUUCAGACCAAAGUGGUGAUGCUUCUUAUUCUCGCCACAGCAGGAACAGCUUUGGAUCAGGCAGAAAUGAGUGCAUUUUCUGACAAAUGCCCAAUUGGAUGGUCAUACUAUUCUGGUCGCUGCUACGUAUACAAUUGCGCCAGACUGGAUUGGGCUUCUGCAGAGACAUUCUGUCAAAAAUUUGAUGCACACUUGGUCUCAAUACACAGCGAGAAUGAAUAUCAGCAGAUAAAGGCUCUUAUCCGUACUCAUGACCCCACGGAGAAUCCAACACUCAUCGGCCUCAGUGACUGUCAGAAGAAUAAUACAUUUUUCUGGUCUGAUGGCACCAAAUUGACUUUCACCAAGUGGAAUCCAGGACAACCAGAUAAUAAAAAUAGCAUUGAGUGUUGUGUGCAAAUGAAUUAUGCUAACUAUAAAAACUGGAACGAUUUUCCUUGUUACAUUCAACAUCCCUUUGUGUGUGCCAAGAAAAGUGGCUGAAACGCUUCCUACUGCAUCUCACCAAAUAUAAUACAAUAUUUUUCCUCGUCACUGAUGAAUUUAUAAAAUGAUUCUGUGGCAGACUUCCAUAACUUUAGCAUUA